CCUAUCCCCUUUUUGUAACCCACGCCAUUUUGCACGUUGGCUGCGCGUGGUUAGCCGGACGUAGAAGGUAAUUACACCUACAAAAUAUUUUAAUAUUCUUUCAAACUAAUUUAAAAAAAAAGUUAUUAGCCCUACAAAGAAUCGUAAUAGAUGUCAUCGUUACUUAUUUGAUGAGAUUUUUUUCAGUAUGAAAGAAUUUAAGUUAUCAAUUUUAUCGCCAUGCUGUACUGUACAAUAUAAAUUAACCGGUCUGAACACUUCAUCGUCAUCGUGUACCAGUUCAAGUCGACAUAGAAAGUCUUGUAAUCUUGAUGUUUUAAUUACAUAGUUAGUGGUUUUAUUUUUAGUAGUGAUGUCUUAUUCACCUGCCCAUAGUUACUUGGUUAAAUUUGUUAAAGCUUAGGACUUUGGCUUAUUCUAAUUUCCUUGCCCAUACAUGACAGUUAAUUUAACUUAUGAUUGACAUAUGGUAGCCUAGGCCUAGGUCAUGAUUUGCAAAGCAUCUUUACUUUUUAAAUUAUUUUUUGCGCCAUCACCCUCAGUUUAAGGUAGGGACUUUAAUAAGAAAAUUUAAACUUUUUGUAAAAAUAAACCAAUGGCAUAGUUGUAAAGAGGUAAUUUUUUAAAGAAUUAUAUAACACCAAAAUCAUAUUUUUAGCUGUUGUAGUUUUAAAGUUAUGAAUUUUUAAAGUGUGAGUUUGUUUGGUAUUUUUUACUAUGGACGAAACCUCCACAUCUUGUGACCUCAUUCCGCUCAUCGCAUCAUGCACAAUGACUGUAUACUUUAUAUAAGGCAACACAUUCCCUGCCUUAUCACUAAAAUACUUUUUUAGACUUGGUUUAAACUUUCAACUUUGGCACAUGAAUAAUUAAUUAAAGCUUUCCCUGACCAAUGGUUUAAGGGAAGCGUUAUCCACACAGCUCUGUGAGACCAAAAUCUGCGAAUAAUGCGGAGCGUUUAUUCUUAGACAGAAAUGUUCCCAUAAUUACGCACAUUUCUAGAAAUAAUUAAGAUCACAUUUCAAGCCGGGGUAGGGGUGUAGUUUUAACCCUUUACAGUCCGAUGCGCCCGAAAUGCGCCGAUUUUUUCCUUAAGCGUACAGUCCGAUGCGGCCAAACCCGCCCGUUUCGAGGUUGUUUACUUUCGUUCUUAGCACAGCGGAAGUCCAUUGCGCAUUACUAUUUAUAGUUCUACCGGAAGAAAGCCUCGUUGUCGGCAUUUAUUUCGAUACUAGUUUGACCGCGGUGUGUUUAGGGGCUGAUUUUCUAUGAUAAGCACAGCGGAAGUCCAUUGCGCAUUACUAUUUAUAGUUCUACCGGAAGAAAGCCUCGUUGUCGGCAUUUAUUUCGAUACUAGUUUGACCGCGGUGUGUUUAGGGGCUGAUUUUCUAUGAUUUUUUUAAAAGUCGCGAUUUUUUCGCUGUAAAAAAUGGCUAUCUAAGCUUUGGAUACACAUUUGAAAGAACUUAGGCCUAAUGAAGCUUCACUAUUUCAUGAGUGGGAGGGUCUCUGAAACUAUUUUUAGGUUUAACUUUUGCUUUAAUCAUUUCUUUGUAUUUAGGUAUUUUUUAUUUUAUUUUGUUGCUUCUAGUUUAUUUUCUGAAAAUUAAUUAAAGAACCUUCAUUUAAAAUGGAGUUAUGUCCCUUUGCUUGGGCGCUGGGAGUAGACAAGGCUGAAUAGGUUGGACUGUAAAGGGUUAAGUAGUGUGGGAGAGAUCGAUCGUUAAUGAGUAUGGCACAAACACAUCUCAAAACCGAAGCUACCGGUAUGCACAAGUUAAAUUUAAAAAAUUUAAUAGGCCUAACUAUAGCCUAUAUAUAGGAUAUAGGACAAUUAAUUGUGCCUACAUGUGCUCUGUUAGGGGCCAACAUAUUCGACCUAUAGAGUGUUACUAAUAGAUCCAGUCAAACCUCCUACUCCUAGACAUAGCAAAUUUUCUGGUAUUUCAUAUUAAAUGUUAUACCAGUAAUAAAAAUGGUACCGGUAUUCUUCAUGUAGACUCACUUUCACCCACUGUAGAUAUGUCUUUAAAUGAUGUCAAAGCUUGAUAGGAUAUCGUUUAGUUUUUUUUAAAAGCACUAUGAUAUAUCACGUAGUCUAGAAAUGUUCUGACAAAAAUAGUUGACAUGCCAUGCAACAGUGUUAUGAUGCAGAGAGGUGUCUGCAUCAGGCGGCCAUGUGAGAGACGACGAGGGGCAUAUAGGCCCUACAUCGAUAAUAACAGAAUCUAAUCCUGUUUAAGGCUAGUAUUUUUUCCUGAUCCUUGAGGGUGUCCCUAAGUCUACCCAGCUCUGGCCUUAGCUGGGGAAAAGUAAAGCUGGCUGGUUAUUGCGCUGGCAAUACACUCACACUUGUAAACGCUGCUUCAAUUGCCCCAAGGGAACUUUACUUCCCAAAGACUUGCAAUGCAUCCUACGACCAGCAGGGUUCCAAUUAAUUUUUUAAUGCUUUUUUUUAUAUUUAGACCCAUAGUUACAACAGUGGCAGUAUGGCUUUUUGUUUCAAUUAUCAACAUUUUUUUACAAGAGCUAAAAUUGUUUAUGUCAAUGAUAUUGAUAUGUUUUAAGUACGGUACCUGUAUGUUCAUUUCAUUGUCAUCACUAAAUGUUAUUUCAACUAUUUCUGGAGCGGCAUAUUGUGUCCCUACUUAUGAUACUUAUUAGAAAAUAAAAUGAAACAAAUAAAACGUGACAUAUUUUUUUCAGCUAAACAUUAAUACACAACUCUGAGAUUUAAAAUAUUUGAAUAAGUAAGUUAUUAAUAAGUAUUUGUUUAUUAGAGAAAAAACAAAUGGAUGUUAAAGUCUAUGAGUGGAAUUAUACAAAGAAAAUUAAACAGUCAAAAGAGCUAAAAGUAUAUCACAAUGUACAGUUAGAACAGCUGUAUCUGGCUUAAACAUGGUUUAUGCAGCUCAUCUGCAUGUCCAUGUUGUUUCCAGUUUUUUGACGAAACUUGAAUGAACAUUCUUAAAAAAUAGAUUGAAACUUGUAACAUAAGUAACAAAACUACAUGAAAAUAAUAAUAAAACUAUGUGAACAGAUUAAGAAAGCCAUAUGAAGAAUAUUAUUAUGAUAUAACACUACGAAAUAACCAUUAAAUAUUUUACAAAAAAAUUUAUUUAUAAAAAUGAGGCUUCCCCGACAGGGAAUCGAAACUAUAUCUGUCGGGUGACGGGCGAAGAUACUGACCACUACACUACCGAGGAGAUGUUUACACAUGAACUUUGUAUUUUAUAUUCAUAAUUUAAUUUAUCACAUUCUGCGAAUAAUGUCGAGCGUUAUCGGCAGACCGAAAUCUGUGAAUAACGGCGAGCGUUAUCCGCACAGCUCUGUGAAUAAUCACUUCGAUGGUUUAAUAGUUUUUGCACACGGCAAACUCUUAUGAAUGAAACUCUGAGGUAGUUACUACGAUACAGCCAUUAUGCAAGUGGCUGUGAAUGGUUGCCAAUGACAACGUGUUGCACACAGUAAAUUCUGAUCAUUUAUAAUAUGGAUUUUACCGGGUUGUUAAAGCUCAAAUUAAAACAUUCCAGUUUAAAUGUCUUUAAAAUGCAUUCUGAAACACAAGUUAUCAAUUAUUUUGAUGUAAAUAGUGAUAAUAAAUUAAUAUUUCCUAAUUAUCGGCAACUUCCGCCAUUAAAAAGGGGGCAUGGCCAACCCCAUUUCGAAAUUAGGUUAAGCGAGCUGCAUUACCUGCUGCGAACGCGUAGAAACAUGGCGUCUCUCGUAAGACAUUUAUCGCUGUGAAAAUUGGCAUACGUGUAGAUCAAUAGAUUCCCCGGAUGAAAAAAAAUUUGGUAGUGACAAAUUUUUUCCUUCAACUUAAUUUUAAUGAUGAAAGUUGCCUUAUAUUUACCAAGGAUUUUCUCAAAGCUGACUGACGGUAAAUGAAAAAAGUAAUUGAUUAAAAUGUAGGCCAAGAUGUCUACCUAAUUAUAAGGCCGAAAACGGAACUCAAAUAUAUAUAUAUAAAGUACUAAUUUAAUAAUAAAUAGACACACAUAGGAAAAUUAAAAACUCGGAUUUUUUUUUGCGCCGAUUGCGAAUUCCCAUACACAAAAAGUAGUAGUCUCCCUUGACUUACCGAAGUAUCUAGUUUAAGGUCAUCAAAAUGGGAAUUAGUGGUUAAGUUGCAGAUAAUAGAUUGGCAAAAUUAUAAUUCAAUAAUUCCCAUCAAGAGUUAAGAUCCUGUCAUUUCAAGUCCAGUGAUGGCUUUGGGUCUCCCCAACGUGACAUAACUGCACUUGGGGAACGAAGACUCUUGGCAAAAUCUAAGCCAUUAACUGCACAUUUAUGGCAUUGUGUAGGCCUAAUCGGUGCUAUUUUUUGAUUGGUCGUAUAUAAAGUACUAGUGCGCUAUUCGUUUCUAUGUAGUCGUAAUUUAACGGGUCAUCAGCUCCUCCACCAUUUUCAAUACAAAAAUAAGUCAACAUAAUUUCUAGGGAGAGCCUUUUCAAGACAAACAUUACAAACUGAGAAGGUAAAAAAAUACAUUUAGAAAACUUUUGAAAGACAGAACUAUGGCUGGUAGUUGACCUGGGGAACCUCCUUGACCUAUAUGAAUGCCUUAGAAAUCGCAGGCCCUUCUGCUAACUGCAUAUUUAGUCACUAAAUCCAGUAAGUAAUAUGUAGGCCAACUGUCACAUCCAAGAUUACGUUAGAGAAGGGGGCACCUGUAGAUCGUCAUGAGAGUGCUCCAGUUACAUUUAUCCACAAGGUCUGCGUAGUAAACCAACUAAAAUUUUGUUAGGCCAAAAAAGUUGAAGCUUACAUUUUCCCCAUUUCAAAUUUCUCACUUGUACUUUACCUUAAAUCUGUUGGAUACAUUUAAUUUUGAAUAAGUGUCAUUCUGGAUAUAAUCCAUAAUAUGCCAAGCUUAAAAAUGAUAAAUGUGAAUGUGAAAAAUUGGCUUUGUAAAUAGUCUUCUGCAUUGUGCUCUAGUCAAGCGUUUUCCUAAGAAAUUUAAGUGCCUGAGAUUUGGGUUUAAGAUUAAAGCAAUGGGAAUGAAUCUCUAGGGGCGCGGAGACUUGUAAAAAGGGACUGCUGGACAGGACUGAGGAAAAGUCAGCCGGACAGGGAAGCAGACAGUCUGAGAGCUCCGAUGGGUAGGAGUAGAGGAGAGUUAGAGUUGCGUGCGAGAUGAGAAAGCCAAAGCGAAGUAGCAGAACAAUAAAAGAACAAGACUAUAACUAGGUACUUGGACACAAAAUUUAAAUAUUGUCAAAUUGCCAUGAAUGACACAUCAUUUUAAAGGGCCAGCUAUAAGCUUUACAACACCAAUUUCAUCUUUCUAUCUUUUAUAGAAGUGGAGUUAUGAUUUUUUUGGUGAUUUUGUAAACACCCCUUCUUUAUCUUAGUAUUAACCCAUUCAAUACGUCACAUUUUUUUAAGGGAACGCAGUAAAAUUUUGGGACAAAAAUUCUAUUUGACCUGAUGAUUUUAAACUGAAAAGCUCUGUUUUGUUAUUUAUCAAAAUUAUAUCAUGCUGCAUAUCCAAAUGUAGGUAAUUGAAAAAGGAAUAUGUUUCUAGUAUAAAAAAGUGAUAAAGAAAUACCCAAAGAAAAUUUUUGGGGGUAUUAUUGCAGGUUUAUGUAAAAAAUUAUUUAAAAUUUAUUUGGUUUUGCUUUACUCACCAGCUCAGAAAUCAGAUAACAAUAAUCCAAUCAAGUUCAUAUUUUUUUUAAAUGAGUCUUGUGAUACAUCCAAAACAACUGGAAAGUUUCAUUGCAGUAGCUCCAGAAAUUGUAAAGUUAUGAAUUUCUUUCCCAAGACACGUGUUAAAAUUUUUUUUUCAAAAAUUCAACAAUAAAAAUAGUUAUACUCAAAUAUUUACACAUAUUUCACAUAUUUACUAAAUAUAUACACAAAUGAAGUUAUUAUUUUAAAUGAAAGGCCUUGAAGCAUCCUUUAGGAUGGAGAUGGGGUUUGGAUUCACACCCAGUACAAUAGAAAUGUGUGCGUACUCGCUUUAUUGCAGUUGAGCAAUAUGCACAAGAUCGGUCCCUUUCAUGAUAAUCAACAAUGUGCUGAGCAUCAUUACACUUUUUGAGGCAUCCGGUCUCUGGACCCUUUCCUGGUGCUUUUAGUACUUGAAUUAAUGCUACUUCCUCUGUUAGCUGACGCAUCAACAUAAGUUUAUAUUGUUUUAGACUCAUUUUUACUUUGUUUGCAUCUGCUGCUUGACAGAGUAAAAACAAAAUGUACGAGUUCACCUGUUUGGACUUCGGACCACUCUGUCUCAGUAGGGAAAUAAUUUGAACUAGUAGAUUGACUAGUUUUAGAUGAAGAUGAAUUAUGCUUUGAAGUUGAAGCCACAGAAUUAGUAGAACUUGAACUAGGCCUAGUUGGUGUUGAUUUUUUUUUUCCUUUUCCUUUUCCAAUGGAUACUUUUUGUCUCUUUGUAGUCGGAAUAUAUUCCUCAUCACUAGUUUCCUCAAAUAAUACAUUUUCGUAAUCACUAUCACUAUCACUGUUGUCAGAUUUAUCUUCAUUUGAACUUGAAUCGUCUAAGCAAAUCAAUUUACUUGCCUCAUCGGCAGUCAUAGAUCGAAAUCCUUGUCGAUUAGAACUAGCACUGUUAUUCGAUGCAGCCAUUUCAAUCAGCUGUGUUUUGUUUACAAAUUUUUAAGUGGAAAAAACGAGCACAAAAUACACUAAACGUGGGUUAUUCGGUUUAAAAUUCAACACAAAGGAAGUGGAACUCUUCUGAAUAAAAAAUUGAUAAGCUAUAUUAUAAAAUAGUUGAAUGGAAAAGUUGGAAUACUAAUAAAAUGAAACAAACCAGUGGUGACGCAGAGAGUGGCUAAACGUACUCUGCCGAAAUCGCGGUGACGCACACUGCGGCGAAACGUAUUAAAUGGGUUAAACUGAAAAAACAUGUGACCCACUUUCAAAAUUUCUGCCUUAUUUUAACCAAAACUUUUUGAUUUUAAAAGAUAAUGCUACCAAAUUUUCAGGAGACAUUCUCAAUGCAAUAUACAGUAUAAUAAACAACAACACUUAUAUAAGAUUAAGACUUAUUUUUUUAUAAAUUUAUUUGUGGGUAUGUUCAGAAAAAAAGUGAAAAGAAAAAUUGGGAAAAUCAAUAUUUAUACAAGAAAAAACUAGAAAAAAACCCACAUGUCCAUAUUUAUUAUUAUUUAUUGAAUUUUAACUAAUUUUAUUAUGCUUGUGUUAAUUUUAAAUCAAUUAUUAUAUUUAUAAAAAGGUAAGUAGUCUUUUUUAUUUAUAAAAUUGGAAAGCAUGUAAUUAUAGAUUCAAAUUACUCAAAUAUCAUCCAUGAUGAUAGUAUGAUGAUGAGACUAAUUCAUUUAAAAAAAUUAUUUUAUAUAUUGAAUAAUUGUCUAUAUACUGCUUUUCUAUGUCCUAAUAAAAAUAUAAUUGUUAUGAUGAUGUUGUUUGAGUCUUGUUUAUUAAUUUGAUGUAUUUUAAUAAAACUGUUAUAAGUUAUAUAUAUAGAACUUAUAGGCUUGUAAUAGAAUUAGUAAGAAAAAUUAAGCUUAGGCCUAAAAUGAUUAUAAUAACAGUUGUUUAUAAUUAUAACUGAUAAUGAUAAGUAGGCCUAAUUUUAGUAAUAUUCUCUGAAAUAAUUAAUAAGAGAAAAACUAUUAUCGAUAUUACUAUUGUAAAACUAUUAAAUAGUGAUUCAAUAAUGAAUGAACGAUAAACUAUGUACCGGUGCCAUACACAAUUUUUAACGUAAUAAAUAAAACUUAAAACCAACCCUUGGUUACUACAUAAACUUUUCAAGUUUGCUUAUAAUCUUUUCUUAAAAUGAUACAUUUUAAACGUCUUAUAAUUAUUUAGAUGUUUAAGGAUUUAACAUUAACGAAUAACAGUGAUACAUUUCCGGCUUCUCGAUCAAAAUAAAAAAAAUGAUAAUUUCAUACCCCCCACUUUUUCGCGGGUUGCAUAACUUUUUAUCGAGAGCUCAACGAUAAUAACACAAAAGAAAAAACUCUAACAAUGAAUGUAGAUUAGGGAGCACUAAACCUUAUUUUGGUAGCUUUACUGGUAAAAAAGUAUUUAUGCGAUUUAUAUACUAACCGAGUCAUCAUAAUAAUACUGCCUGUGGUGCAAAAAAAUAUCGUAGCAUAAAUCAAUAUAUGACCGGAACACAAAAACUGAUACGUCAGUGAUGAGGAAAGCAAUUAUUUAUUAAACAGAGGUGACGUAGUCUGCAAUUUUCCAAUAAUACCGUGUUGCUGUACGCCAUAUUGCAGAACACGUUUUUUUCGACAUUUUAGGACAUGCGCAGAACGGUGCGUGGACAAGUAUUGUUAUCUCUACUAUAACCAUUGCACGAGUUGUCUGAAUUGGUGAAAUACGAGUGAUAGUUGAAGCAAGUGUUACCAUCCAAAUGAGAUACAGAUUAAAGGUUUAACAGAAACGAAUCAAGGUUCUCUACAAUAUGAUUUCUGUAAUCUGAAUGUCUUAAGAUCAGAGGACAAGUGGCAUAACUUUUUUUAUAGUGGGGGACCCGAAAUCCCCCCGAAAGAAAAAAUUAACAAAUCCACAUAAUUUUUGCGCGUUUCCUUCCUUCCACAGAAAGUUUGGCAUAAUGUCUUCAUCAAAAAGAAAGCAGACUAAAAAUGAGUCUGCUAACGACCAGCUCACUAGAAUUGCAAUUGUUAGCAAUGACAAAUGUAAACCAAAGAGAUGCAGGCAAGAAUGUAAAAAGUUUUGCCCAGUGGUGCGUAUGGGUAAGUCAAUUUUGUCAUUUCCCCACCCUAAUUCUUCAGAAUGUAAUUCUUCAGUAGCCUCUUGACAGGGCUUAUCUGUAGGCCCAAGUUACUAAGAUUCAUUACAAGUUUUUGAUAAAUUGCACAAGCUAGUUUAAGUUGAUGUUGAUAUUUUAGUAAUGAUAAUGCGCCAUGAUCUGCUUUGUGCAUUUUGGGGCCACAUUGGAAAGAUCUGUGUGUAAUGCUUAUGGCCGUAAUAUUAAGGGACGACAUCUUACAAUGCCAAGGGGCAAAAUUUGACACAAUUUUUUCUCUGAAGUUUAAAUUGGUAGUAGUGGUUUUUUUUUCUUUUAAACAUGGAUAUUCUUCUUACAGAACACAAACUUUUAAUGUUGUCAACUAUUGAAUUCAGUUGGUAAGAAUCCCACAUUUCUUUUAAUGCAUUAACUCACACUUGUUUGCUUAUUAUUCUUUUUAAUUUAGGAAAACUCUGCAUUGAAGUGUCACCCACUGACAAGAUAGCAUUUAUUUCUGAGGAGUUGUGUAUUGGGUGUGGUAUAUGUUCCAAGGUGAGAAGCUUUUUUGUUUUGGAACAUAUUUCUUUAAUAUAUUUUGACUUAACAUAAAUUCUCUACUGUUUAAAAGGUUUUUACUUAGUGGACAAUGUUUUAAUUUUGUUUUCAGAAAUGUCCAUUUGAAGCCAUUACUAUCAUUAACCUUCCAAGUAACUUGGAGCGAGAUACAACUCAUCGUUACAGUGCUAAUUCUUUUAAACUGCACAGGUUGGUCAAUUUUAUAGUGUAAAGAUCUUGCCAUGUCUUUCAUCAGUGCUAAUUUUUUGAAGUUUGAAAAGUAAAAUUUAAACAUUUAAUAAUAAAAACAUUUUUACAAAUCAGGCUUCCAACUCCUCGACCAGGUGAGGUUCUGGGACUUGUCGGCACUAAUGGUAUUGGAAAAUCUACCGCAUUAAAAAUUCUAGCUGGAAAACAGAAGCCCAAUCUUGGAAGAUUCAAUGUAAGGCUAAAAGGAAAUUAAAACGCACAUACACAAAUGCAUUCAAGUGCUUGAUCCACAAGAUAUACAUAGCUUUAUUUUGUAAAUAAUAAUGUUUCCCCAUUAUGUAUAUUUAAUGCUGCUUAAGGCAACUUCCAGAUUUAUAUUAUUCACUUGAUUGUUCUAAAACUUAAAUUAACAUUCGUCAAUUCUUGAUAGUUUGUAUUCAUGUGGAUGUGGGGCCAUGACAAAGGGUCUGUAAACCUCUUGAGUGAGGUGCAAUUUUCAAAUUUCCAAAUAAAUUGUUUUGGGAGCAUGGUUUUUUAACUUAAUAUAUUAAAAAGUGAAAUGCAUAUAAUUCUUUAAACGCCUCAUGUGCCAUUUGUUGCCAAUUACUGGUCUGUGUUAUGAAACUGCAUGUAGUUUGGGUGUUUUCAAGUCAUUCAUGCCAUUAACAACAUUCAUAUCUUCCUUAAAUUUUCAAAGAAUGAAGGAAGCAUCAAUCAUCUGAAAUGUGAUUCAUACAGUUAGGUGGUUGUUUUUUUUUUUUUAAAUAACCUAUGAGCAAGUGUUAAAUGUUGACCAGAUAUCUCAGGCCUUCAUUAUAAUGCAUUUAUGAAUGUGCUUUUUUGUUUUUGUAACUAAUCCCACUCUAUUUGUAUAUUUCAUUUGAAGGAUCCUCCUGAGUGGACUGAAAUUUUGGAGUAUUUUAGAGGCUCAGAGCUUCAGAACUUUUUUACCAAGAUUCUUGAAGAUGAUCUUAAGGCUCUAAUCAAGCCUCAGUAUGUGGAUCAAAUACCGAAGGCUGUUAAGGUAAUGGAUAUGUGUUAGAAUAUUGUUUCAUUAUGGUUAAAAUUUUAUGUACCAUAUUUUUGUUUGUCGGCUAUAAUGUGGCAUGAGUCUAUUUUAAUUUUUCUUUCCCAUUUCCAGGGAUCUGUACAACAACUGCUAGACAAAAAGGAUGAACUUAAAAAUCAGAUGCACGUAUGUGAACAGCUAGGUGAAUACAUAGCUAUCAGAUCAUUAAGUGUUGGUGGGAUUUAUAUUGAUUUGUUAACUUAUAUGAAAGACAUGUAUAUUGAAGUACAUAACUGUCCAUGGUCAAUGAUUAAAUUACAUUUGCUGUUCACAUUCUUAAUAAAACAGUGUGGAAAAAUAUGUUUAGAAUGAGACCAUUUCAUUUAUUAUAAACUUUUGGAGCUUAUUUAGUAUUCUUUAGAUUACAUAUGAUUAUUUAGUAUUUUUUUUGACAUAUGAUUAGUCUUGUUUAUUAUUUUUUAAAAUAGAUCUUAUGAAUGUAAGGGACAGAAAUGUUGAAGAUCUUUCUGGAGGAGAGUUGCAAAGAUUUGCCAUUGCAAUAGUUUGCAUACAGGAUGCUGACAUGUAAGAUUUAUGCAUUGUUUUAAUUUAAGAUGGCUUUUAGUUGUAAAUUUUCAUUCUCUUGUCCUCUGGCAAUGAACUGCACAUAACAAAAUUCAAGUUUAGUAAAUAUCUAAUUAAGUUCCAAACGUGAUCAGAGUAUACGUUUCUUAUUUUUUUAACUUGCAGAUUUAUGUUUGAUGAGCCUUCCAGUUACCUAGAUGUUAAGCAGCGUUUAAAAGCUGCUCAGGCCAUUCGAAGCUUGAUUAACCCAGACAAAUACAUUAUAGUUGUUGAGCAUGAUUUGUCAGUGCUUGAUUACCUUUCUGACUUCAUUUGUUGUUUGUAUGGUGUUCCUGGUGCUUAUGGUGUGGUCACUAUGCCUUUCAGUGUUAGAGAAGGUAUGUAUUCAGUCUAUUUUAAAGUUUGUAUGUUUCAAUGUGCUUAAGACUUGUUAAUUUAAAUAGAUCUUUAGGACAUCAGAGCGCUGUGAGCAUGCUAGAUAGCAUGGACACAAGUGUUAUUGAAGUACUCAAUCAUCAUCACUUAUGUUUAAAUUUAUUAUUAAUGUACAUUUCAGGUAUAAAUAUUUUCCUUGAUGGAUUUGUGCCAACUGAAAACUUGAGGUUCCGAGAGACGUCCCUUACCUUUAAAGUGGCUGAAACUGCUUUGGAGGAAGAAAUAAAGCGGAUGUGCAGAUAUGAAUAUCCACAGAUGUUCAAAAAAUUAGGUAAUUGUUUUUAAAAAAUUUUUUAAAUUAAUCAAUAAGAUGUAUGCUUCAAACUUGAUAUAGGUAUAUUCUAACUUGAUUUUUAAAAAGUUUGUCUGCAUAGGCCCUACAUUAAUUUGUACUAGUCUGCAGAUGCUGGUUAAUCGUCUAUCACAUGCUUGUAAAGACUUUGGACUUUCGAUUAGUCUAUAGAAAAUUCGAUUAGUCUACAGAAAACACAUGUAAUGAUGCAAGAGGCAUCGUCCCCUCCAAAAAUAUCUAUAAGGGUCAUAAUCUUUCGGUUGUUAAGCAUUUCACAUACCUUGGAUCCAAUAUUUCUAGUACUCCCUCCGUUGAUGAAGGGAUAAAUAUCAGGAUUGCAAAAGCAGCAGCAACUAUGGCUAAACUGAAUAAGCGGGUGUGGAAUAAUCUCAAUCUGAUAAAACAAAAAUAAGUGUCUAUCAGGCAUGUGUGCUUAGUACGCUCCUAUAUGAUGGUGAAGCGUGGACCACAUAUACCAGUCAAUAGUUGAAGCUCAACAGCUUCCAUCAAAGAUGUCUGCGUCACAUUUUAACGCGGAGGUCUUGGAACGUGCACACGUUUAGCAUAUUCUCCUUUCUUAGCAAGAGGCGCCUUCAAUGGUUAGGCCAUGUAAGGAGGAUGGAGGAAGGACAUAUCCCAAAGAUGCUGCUGUAUGGAGAGUUGGCAGAAGGGUCAAGACUUAUUGGACGGCCACGCCUGAGAUUUGUGGACUUUUGCAAAAGGAGCAUGAGGGAAGCCAAUAUUGAAAACAACGAAUGGGAGCACAUUGCCAAACAACGUUCCAUCUGGCGAACAGCAGUGCAUUUAAGUGAAAAAAAGGCAGAAGAUACGCGAAAACGAGGCCCUUGCAAGAAAAAGAACAAUGCUGAAGUCAAAAUCUUUUCAGGAAUCAAUAUUCUCCUGUGAGAGAUGCGGUUGAGAUUGUCAUUCCGGGUUUGGGCUAGUUAGCCACUCGUUGGACUACACUACAUAGCUACUCCAUCGUCUAACGUAGACGGAAGGAUGCCAUGUACGUGUAUAUAUAUAUAAAGAAAUGUAAUUAUAAUUAAGCCCUCCAUUUUUUUUACAGCCAUAUAUAUCAACAGUUUACUGUCCCUUUUUUUCAAGGUGAAUUUGAAUUGAGCAUUCUAGCCGGGCAAUUCACUGACUCAGAGAUUAUUGUUAUGUUGGGAGAGAAUGGAACUGGCAAAACAACCUUUAUCAAGAUGUUGGCUGGACGUCUGGCGCCAGAUGGUGGAGGUAUGUUUUAUUUUGUUUUAUUACGUAUAUGUAUACUGUAUCUUUAUUUAUUUAAUAUUAUGACAUUGUAAUGUACGAUUUUGUGACAAUAUGGUAUGAUUUUAAAAGUUAAAUGCUAAUGUAUUUUAACGAAUUAUCUUGUCAAAUUAGUUAAUUUUACACAAAAACAAGUGGUGUGUUUGGUGUUUUUUUUCUUUCUUACUUGAUGAAAAAUGUCCUAUGAUGAAAUUUUGUCAUGCACCACGCUUACUGCCUUGAUGGUGAUAAAAGACACCUCAAUAAAUAUCUGAGGAUUAAGGGGAAUUAUUAGUAUAUAGAAUUAUUAUUCUUUCUAUUUGAUUAUAUUGUUGUCUUUACAUAAAUAUUGUAUAACUAUAUUAUUUUUCAAGGUGAGAUACCUGUGCUUAAUGUCAGCUAUAAACCCCAAAAGAUCAGUCCUAAACAUCAAGGCACAGUCAGACAGUUGUUACAUGAGCGAAUCCGAGAUGCUUAUGUCCAUCCUCAGUUUGUUACAGAUGUCCUGAAGCCAUUGCAGAUUGAACCUAUUUUUGAUCAAGAGGUAUGUGUGUGGUCUUUUACAUUAUUUGGUCAAUCUUUACUGUCCUGUGAUGAAAAUAUGUCAUGCACCACUCAGACUACGACUUUGGUGAGAAAUAGACACCACAAUAAAUAAACUGAGGACAGUUCUCUGCAUUGCUUUUGCCUAUGGCAAUUGAUUUUUAUUUAAUAAUUUUCAAUGUUGCUUUUUCACAGAUAAGGCACCUUAUUUUUAAUUCCUUAAUAUUAUUCCCUUUUGUUAGUGUUUCUUUGUUGAAAAAAAAAAUCUUCGGACUGCUAAUGUAUUCACCUUCGAGUCAUUCUGUUGAUCUUAAACUUGGCACAUACACUCCAUGCACAUUACACAUGCUUUGAAACUUAAAGCCCCACUCCAACCCCCAAAAUCAAUUUUAAUGGUACCAGUUAUCUUCAAUAACUGCUAAAUGAGUUUCUUUUAAAAAAAUGCAAACUAGGUGUAAUAUUUUCUUUUGCUUCACGAAAAUGGUGUAAUAAAUCUGUGGUGUGAAAGAUGCUGGACAAUAGGGGGUUAAAACAAGUGAGGGGGGGGGGAAAAAUAUUGGGGGGGGGGGGGCUGUUACUUAUUGGAAUUCUUUUAAAGUGUGUUACCUAAAUGCAUGUUUUGUCAUUUACUGGCGCACCCCAUUGCUUGAUAUUACAAAACUUUGAUUUUAGGGGUUGUUUAUUUUAUAUAUUUAUUUACCAGUAUUAGUUUUAAAACUUAUUUCCUGCUGCAUUGAGAGCACUUCAUCUUGUUAGAAAAAUUAUUUAAUUACUUAGCCUGAUAAUACAACUAUUGCAUUAGUUGAUUUGCUUUAAAAUAACAAACUUUUUUUUUUUGUAAAUCAAGUCUCACAUAAUCAAUUUUAAGUCCAAUGAUGAAGCUUUGUCAUGCACCACUCAGAAUUGCUUUUGGUGAGAAACAGACACCACAACCAUUUGCUGAGGACUGAUGUAAAAUAGAUUAUGUUUAGAAGUGAGAUGGUCACAUUUAUAGUACAUGAGUUUAAUUUAAAGUACAUUGGUCCUCUUUCAUGAAGUUUUUUUUUCUUUAAGGUUCAAAAUCUUUCUGGAGGUGAGUUGCAACGUGUUGCUUUGACUUUGUGCCUUGGAAAACCUGCGGAUAUAUAUCUGAUAGAUGAACCUUCUGCUUAUUUGGAUUCUGAACAGCGUUUGCAUGCUGCUAAAGUCAUCAAGAGGUAGGAAUUGGCUUUUCAAAAUGGUACUGCUGAAUUAAAAAAGCCAGUGAUUCGAUAAUUCAGGUUCAUUAUUCCAGUGUUGAUACAAUUUUCCCGAAUAUGAGGCUUUUGUCCUUGCAGCUAUGAGUAUCUAUGUAUCUUUUCAUGACCUACUGAUUUACCAUUUCUUAUGAUGGAAAAAGUAGCUUUUUUGGCUUUGGGUAUAUUUUAUCCUGUAAUCAGCAUGUGUCUAUAUACACAUCAUUCUCUCUCCCAUACAUAUAUAUAGCUGUUUAAGUUUACCAGUCUGGUAGCUAUCAUCAAACCUUUUAUUUUCAUAUGCUUCACUCUAGAUUCAUCCUCCAUGCCAAAAAGACUGCCUUUGUUGUGGAACACGAUUUUAUCAUGGCCACCUACCUAGCUGACCGUGUUGUUGUAUUUGACGGUAUUCCCUCCAUGAAGACAACAGCUAAUUCGUAAGCAUUUUUCUGACAUAUAGUCAUUAUCUGUAAAAAAAAUUAAACUGUUCUUUUAUUGAAAUGAAAAUAGUUAGACAUGAUACUAAUAUCUACUUACCUAUACUGUUUCCAGACCCCAGUCAUUGUUAAAUGGAAUGAACAGCUUCUUGGAGUCAUUAGACAUCACCUUUCGUCGUGACCCAAACAAUUUCAGACCUCGCAUUAACAAACUAAAUUCUGUCAAGG